UUAUAAAAAGUAUAAAAUAAUCAAUUUACAAUGCAUGGGCUCGAUAAUUGUAUCAGCAUUUCGUGUGUAUUUUAGUAUAGACGCCAUCUAAUUAACCAUCGAGGUGACCUCCGAAGACUACCAACGAUCAUCCAACCCAUAUAAAUAGAUAGCGAACUCGUGCAAUUGGAUUUUUCUAGGAAAAAAAUAUGGCAUCUAAACUGAACAUAUCGUGUGGUUCAUGUGGAUAUGAGGACAUCUCAAAAAAUGCAAAGAAAUGGUGUACCAUAUGUGAAGAGGGAUUUUGUGGAGAAUGUGAAAAAUACCACAGAUCUAUGAAAGUUUCGAGAGAUCACAUUAUGAUUUCUAUUGAUGACUAUCGUCAAAUAGAAGACAUUCCAGUAAAUCUGAACUGUGAGAUGCAUGGUAAAAAGCUCGAUCUUUACUGUAAGAAGCACGAUAUUGCAGUAUGCGUAGUCUGUAUUCCGUCUGAUCAUAAAUCUUGCGCCUCUUCUGAUGUCAUCUCCAUUGAUGAAGCAUCAAAAAACGCUAAACAAUCAAGUGCACUCUUAGACUUAGAAGGGACUAUAUCAAUAACUUUGGAUAACUUCAAGCAGUGUAUAAACGAUCGAGAAGGAGCCUUGAAAAAUGUGGACAAAGAUGAACAAACAAUACAUAAAACGAUUACAGACACACGGAAGAAUCUCAAUAAAUACUUGGAUGAACUCGAAAGAAAACUGCUGCUAGAUUUGAAAUCCAAACAUGAAAACUGUAAAUCUAAAAUCAUGAAAAUUCUUAAUCAAUUGAAGCAAAUGGAGAAAGAGGUAGAAAACCUGAAAGAGCAGACACUUCAAAUGAAACAUUUUGCAUCUGACUUACAAGUGUUUGUUGGAACGCGUCAAUCAAACCAAUCAGUUAGUAAACAGGUUGAAUCGCUCAAAGAAGAAAUAAGAGUUUGCACGAAAAGCAGAAUGGAAAUAGAGAUACAUCACAUGAUCUGUUCCUUGAUGAAGGAGGUAAAACAGUUUGGAGAAAUCAAAGUUAUUGAAACUAUGACCAACCUACAAUUAAAAGAUGCAAAGAUCGACCAGGCUCAGAUACAGAUACACGAAUUUUCACAAAAUAUUCAUAAUGUCGAUAUGCAGCUGAAACAGAUGUUUGAUAUUAAAGGAUCAGAAGAACCAAUCACUGGCUGCAUUGUAUUACCGGACGACCGAAUUAUAAUUGCAGACUAUUACGGAUGUGGUAAAUUACUGGAAUACAAUACUAAUGGAAAACAUAUUCGUGACAUUCCCGUCUCUAAUAAACCGUACAGUCUUACAUCAGUAGACACCGAUUGUAUUGCUGUUACAUAUAGAGAUUCUAAAUACCUAGAGAUUAUUAACACUAAAAAUACUAGUGAAAGGAAGAAGGUGCAAUGUAGUAGUAUCUGCUGGGGAAUAUCUUACCAGGACCAGAAGCUGUAUGUUCUUGUAUUUGAACAAGGCAUAGUGGUAAUGGACUUGCAUGGAAAGACAUUAAAUACAAUCGAUAUCAAUGUUUCACAGGUGUGUCAUAUUACAACGACCAGUGAAAGGAUAUACUAUACAGACCAGAACAGUAAUACAGUACACUGCUGUAGUAUGACAGGACAAGAAAUCUGGGUAUUCAAGGAUCAGUCUAUUUCCAAACCGAGAGGUAUAUCAGUUGACAGUAAUCAGGAUGUAUUUGUUGUAGGAGGAUGGUCUAACAACCUGACAGUAAUACAACAUGACGGGAAAGAUAGUAAGGUCUUACUUACUGAUCGUGAUGGACUUAAUAAUCCGAUAGCAGUGAAUUACAACAACAAAAAGAAGAUUGUCUGUUUAUGCUACAAGAAAAGAAGCGUUGCAUUGUAUCAAGUGUCGUAAAAAUAAACCUGAACAGCAUAAUGAAGUACUUACUAUUUGUAAUGAAUUGCCUGACAUUGAAUUUUUAUUACAUUUUAACAUUCUUUAAAAAGACGAACACAUCACGUGGGACAUAUGUGUCAUUGGUUUGAACAUCAAAUUCGAAAGAAUUACUUUUGCUUGAAACACUUAGUUAUCGCAUAAAAACGCAUUACAAUACUGUUAUAUAAUUAAGUGCUUUUUGUUUAGUACUAAUAUAUAUCCGUUAGCUUUUCAGAUUAAAUUUAACACAUUUGAUAAAGGUUGGAUAUCUAUUUGAAUAAAUAGAUGAAAUUUACAAACACGAUGCAUAUGACGAAAUUGAAUAGGGUACAAUCUCUCUCUGUAAGACAUCUGGUCGCCAUAAUAUAAAUACAUAACGUAGUGGGUAUAACCUUUACGAUUUGUUAUAUUAUGCUUUUAAGAUUUUGUUCAUACUAUAACCUUCAUGAUUA